AUGGGGCUGCUGGACAAACUCUCGGGCUGGCUCGGCCUCAGGAAGAAAGAGGUCAACGUCUUGUGCCUUGGACUCGACAAUAGCGGGAAAACGACGAUAAUCAACCAACUUAAACCUCCGAAUAAUUCAAAUCAUUUAGGGCCGUUGUCAUCGGAGUGGAAGCAUGUUAGUCAGACACAGGCUCAAGACAUAGUCCCGACCAUCGGCUUCAACAUCGAGAAGUUCAAGACCUCAAGCCUUUCCUUCACGGUGUUCGACAUGUCAGGCCAAGGAAAAUACAGAAACCUUUGGGAGCAUUAUUACAAGGACAGUCAUGCGAUCAUCUUCGUGGUGGAUAGUGUGGACAAACUGCGGAUGGUGGUUGUCAAAGAAGAGCUGGACACGCUUCUACAACAUGAGGAUAUCCGUGACAAGAAGAUUCCUGUGUUGUUCUUUGCCAACAAGAUGGACCUCCAGGACGCCAUGUCGUCCAAUAAGGUCACGCAGAUGCUGUGUUUGGACAGCAUCCAGGACAAACCAUGGCACAUCUGUGCCAGCAACGCAAUCAAAGGAGACGGCCUGCAGGAAGGACUCGACUGGCUUCAAGGACAAAUAUCACAGUCAUAUCAAAAGAAUGAACACAUGAACUGA